UCAAAUUCCGUUAUCAACUGGCGGGACAACAAGUUAAACGCCUGCACCACGAUUCGGUUGACGCAUCUUUCACAAAAGUCAAUGGCUUCUUCAAAUUCCACUCCACCGACGGCCGGCGACGACGACGACAGAGAACCGUUUUCGGUCCCGCCGCGACAGAAAGUCUUGGGGACGAAGUCGUGGCUGGUAGUAUCAGAAUUAGGCGAGUCACGCAAUGAGAAAGUCGGCAAGUACUGGAUCAUGCGGCGGACGGGACUCCCGGCACGUGACCUGCGCGUGCUUGAUCCGAUGCUGUCUUAUCCCUCUACGAUUAUGGGGCGAGAGCGUGCCAUUGUUGUUAACUUGGAGCACAUUAAGGCUAUUAUUACGGCCAAGGAGGUCUUCUUGCUAAACUCUAUUAAUCAUUUGGUUGUAGAGUUCGUUCAAGAUCUUCAGCAUCGUAUUUCUUCUCUUCAUGGAACGCCUACGCGACAGAAGCUAGGCCGUGCCUCUUCAAUGAUCCGUCCGAGUAGAAGGCUUAAUGAAGUAGUGAUAAAUUUAUUAGUUUUGAAACAGGCAAUGCAGAGAGAUGAACUGGGCAGUGAUGAUAAGGCUGAGUGGCCAACACAAGGUCAGCGCCAGAGGACAUCUCAAAGUCCCGCCGAGAAAAAUGAUUUCAACCCACAGACAACAGGGGAAAUAGCUGAGGCCGAAUGUCCUAAAGUUGUGCCAUUUGAGUUUAGAGCACUUGAAGCUUGUCUUGAGUCUGCGUGCAAGUGCCUUGAAUCUGAGACUAAAACAUUGGAGGAAGAGGCAUAUCCAGCAUUGGAUGAACUUACUACUAAAAUCAGCACACUGAAUCUUGAGCGUGUUAGGAAAAUAAAGAGUCGACUGGCUGGAAUAUCUGGUCGUGUGCAGAAGGUGAGAGAUGAACUUGAACAUUUGCUGGACGAUGACAAAGAUAUGGCUGAAAUGUGUUUGACAGAAAAGCUUAUUUCUAAUUCAUUGGAUGAGGCAUCAUUGGAAGAGGAAGUCAACCCUGCACCUGAAUUAGAAAAUUACAGGGCUGAAGAUUCGAGGUCAGAGAAGAACUCUGAAAUUUACAAUGACUUUAAGCCCAAAAUUAAGGAGUUGGAGAUGCUUUUAGAAGCUUAUUUUGCACAAAUAGAUGGCGUCUUACAAAAAUUAUCUGAUAUGAGUGAGUAUGUCAGCGACAUGGAAGACUGCAUCAACAUCAUGUUGGAUGAGACACAGAAUGAAUUGCUACAGAUGGGGGUGAUCCUAAGUAGUGCAACUGUUAUACUGAAUGUUGGCAUUUGUAUUGUGGGAACAUUAGGCAUAAAUAUUCAUAUUGAUCUCUUUGAGGCGCCAACGAUAAGGUUCUGGGAAACCGUAAUAUGUCUAGUGGCAGGUUGUGUUGCUUUAUAUCUCAUUGCUAUUGGAUGGGGUGUAAAGAAGAAUCUCAUAGAUGUAUAGACCUUCUUUUGUGGAAAAAGCUCUUACUACCUGCAUGCUAAGAGGCUUGAUUCCUGAAUGCUGAAUGUAUUCAAGGUAAAAUCUAUUAAACGAGCUAUAUAGUGUAAUA